UCGGCUGGGAGGGCAGGGGGCGCAGUACCAGCUUCCUGCCCUCCUCGCUAGCCUUCUUCCGUUAGCGCUCCCGCACCUCACCUCCCACCUCCCACCUCCCGGGCCUGGCUGCCCUGAGGGGCCUUUGGGGGAGACUGAGUGGGAAAGGGAGGGGCGGGAUGAAGUUGCGGGCGGAUGGUGGUUCGCUUGUGGGGUUACUCCUUUUUAUGUGUCGCCGACUCUCUCUCCACGGUUGGAGAUUGGGGGCCUCCGCCAAACACCUUAGCAUCGUAGGUGUCAGGCUCCGGGUGGGGGUGGGUCAUCCACAGCCUGGGAGAGGGAUGCGGCGGAGGGGCUUGUGUGCUGGGCUUCUCGGUCCCACUAACUCACGACCUGUUGAUAAACCUUCCUUUGGGGGUCAGACACACACCGCUGGCCCCCCAGUGGGCAUUCCCAGUGCAUUCCCGAUUAGGAAGGGUCUACCCCCACACCCCCCACGCCUAACCUAAAGCCGAAAGUGCGGGAAUGGAGAGGGGCUCUGGAGUACCCAUUGGUGCCAUCCCUGCCUCCGUAGUCUUUAGACAGAAACUGUCUGCUGUGCACACACAGCUUCAAAACUGAUCCCCUAGCUCACACUUCAGAUCGCCUCUCCCAAACCCUCCUUACAUAGAAAUUCUGGAACCCUACGGGCGUGGGGUGUGCUGGGUGUCCAACGUGGAGCGGAGGUAGGAGGUGCCAAGCUCAGCCCUAGCCACGGCGCCUACAGGGUCAUUUUCUGCCUCCUGCCACGUCACUCCCUCUGCUAAAGAAAAAAAAAAAAAACUUGGUAGUACCUAAAGGAAUCGAUGAGAGAGGAGAGGCCGCCAGGAAAGGUUUAGAAACACUUAAAGAGGAGAGUUCUUAUUUGACUUAUUGUGCCCUUGUGAAAACACUGUGCUAAUUCCAAAUGAAAAUACGGCAUUUACUAUCUGUGAUUAUUUGCUAUAUGCUAUUGUUUAACCUUUAAAACUCCCACUUGUGUGGGCGCUCUCAAGGAUUUCCCGGGAAUAUUGAUAUCACACUAUCACACCAGCAGGAGAUCAUGAAUCAGGCAGAUAAAAAUCAACAGGAAAUCCCAUCAUACCUUAGUGAUGAACCACCAGAAGGUUCAAUGAAAGAUCACCCACAGCAGCAGCCAGGCAUGUUGUCCCGUGUGACUGGGGGUAUCUUCAGUGUUACAAAGGGAGCGGUUGGUGCCACCAUUGGUGGUGUGGCUUGGAUUGGUGGAAAAAGUUUGGAGGUGACCAAAACAGCUGUUACAACUGUGCCUUCCAUGGGAAUAGGGCUGGUGAAAGGAGGUGUCUCUGCGGUGGCUGGAGGAGUGACAGCUGUUGGGUCUGCUGUUGUAAACAAAGUGCCCUUAACAGGAAAGAAGAAAGACAAAUCUGACUAAAGUAUGGAGAUAUACUUGCUCUCCACAGCACUAUGAUGCCAGUGGCAUUGAAUUGCUAAAUUAUGGACUAUAACCAAGUCACCUGUUUUGGACAUUUAUCUUCUAAACUGCUGUGUUGAAAGUAUUGAUGAGUGGCUUUCGUCUAAAAAGAAGAGACCAAUACAAGCACAGUGUAUGAAGGUUUCUCAUACUUAAGUUUCAGCUUUUUAUCUGGUAAAAUGUUAUACUUAUUACUCCGUUGUAACUGAAGAUAUGGUAUGUUUGAAUAUUUACUAUAAGUCUUUCAGUUUGACUAAAAAUGUGAAAGUUGAAUUCAGUAGAUGAUCUUUACAAUUCCAUAUGUAUAAUGUGCCAGGUAACUCAUCUACCCCUUAAGAAGGGAACCUUGAACUAUAUAAACUGUACCUUUGAUGUGCCUAAUAGUUUCAGGUGUCUUAGUUUUUUUUUUAUAACCAUAGUUGAUUAGGCCAAGAGGCAUUCUUUUCUUAUUUAAGUUGGCAAAAGUAGCAGGAAUUAGAGAAAUUUAAAAGAAAAGGUAAAUGGUUUUAUGAUACUGUUAACCAUCUUUUGUUAGAUAUGCAUUUUAUUGAUUUAAUCAUUGAUGCCUUACAAAAGAAAACAUCUUUUCUAAUACCCUAAGUAUGUUCAGUUCUUAGAAUUAUCCAUGGAUUCUUUUGAAGAUUGUUAAAUUAGUUUUCCCUGUUUAGAAUCUCAGGAGUAGUGAGGUAAAGGCAUUUCUUGCUCUCAGUGGAUAAGAUAGUGCUUGUUGACUGUCUUGUCAAUAGUAAAAAUCAAAUGACACACUUCAGCCUAGGUUCAUGCUCCAUCAUUAAUACACCUCACAGUGCCUAAGGAACAUUUUUCACUGGUCAGAAGCUAUGUUGCAAGAAUUUCAUAUUAAGGAGGAACAAGUAAUAAUUUUAAGUUCUUAAUUACCUAAGGCAUCUAAGAUAUAAAAAGAAUCCCUCACAUUCUAUCUCUAGGAUGUGUUUUUAGUAGUACCCCUUUUAAAAAACACAGUAAAAACAACUACAGUAUGUUAGGACUGACUUUCAAAUUCAAUGAAAUGGACUUCAGAGAUUAGUUUUAAUAUAAAAUCUGUGUUUUCAAGAUUUAUGUAGGCUUUUAAAAUCUGUUACCAUAUAAUUCUAUAAAGCAGCUGUAGACUUUGUACCAUUUUUCAAGCUAAUUCCAGGCAGGGAAUUGAAGUUUUUGAUGAUGGAUGAUAAGUGUCAUAUCUUAUUAAUAUGUCUUAUCAUGUCUCAUUCAUUCUCAAAGAAUAUGACUUAGAUGAAACUUAUGUUCAAUUUCACACAAAUUUAACAAUUGGCAUAUAUACUUGGCAUUCCUCUUAAACUAAGGGUUAUGAUUCAAGCCUGAAAAAUCUUAACUUUAUGCUUAAAUCUGCAUAUUUGUCUCCACUCUGUUACCUUUUUUUUGUGGGGGAGGAGAGAGGGUGAUUCCCUGCAGUAAAUAAGUUAAAAUAGCAUGCCUGAGAACUUGAAACAGAGUGCUGUAACAUCAGAGGCUUAAGUGUUUGUGAAACACUAAGAGUAUUAAUAAUGUGGAUUAACAAAUGGAUAAGAAUAUAACUUAACUUUUUAAAGCUUUCAUAAAUAUCAGCAAAACCUUUUUAUUAUAUACAAACUUGAAAAGUCAUUAAAGAGUUCAUUAGUAAUUAAGUGGUUAUUUCAUGCAGUACAAUUUAAGGUAUUAUUUGUUGGUAUAUCUGGUCAAAUGUCAUAGUAAGAGGAUUUUUAAAGUUUAUAGGUGAACACUAAAUAAUGAUCUAAAUAAUGGUAUUAGAGAACUUGUUUCCUGCUAUUUGGAAGAAAUUAUUGCUUCAUUGCUAGUUUAUAUUUCUAAUUUCUCUUCUACAGUCAUAGACUCUGCUGUGCUUUAUAUCUGAAUUUCUGAGUUUAGACUUUAGCUUACUGUAUGUUUGCAUAUUUAUUUUCAACUUUGCUUGUCUUUAAAAUUGCUUGAGGACACAUGGUUGUGAUUAAUUUCUGCUACAGAAAAGCCACCCUGGUACAUUUUAUCUCAUUAAGAUUUUUAAAAUUCUAAACUAUAAGUUUGUUCAGAGGGGCUUUUGCAAUGGCAGCAGAAAACUGUACUAACGUUAGUACAGGUGUAGAAGUUCUCGUUGAAAUGAACUUGCCAUUUGAUGAUAUGUACAGCUGUAUACUUGAGUCUUAACAGCUUAUUUACGUAGACUAGCACUUUGACCUGUUAAACAGGACUAGUUCAUGUCAAGAAAUUAAGGUUGUUAUAUACACCUGGAGGCAUCUGUUAUUAAACUUAUCCUUUGAGUGGGUAUUUGACACAAUGGGGAUAAACUUGUGUGACCCACUUGAAUGACUGAUCUGAUAAUGUUGACAUUAUGACUCCUGUACUUAGUGGAAUGUCAGAUGAGAAUAACUGAAUAAUUUUUUUUGUAUUAAAGGAAUGGAAAAGAACACACAAAUUUGUUAAUAAAGCACUAUGAUCUGCAGAAGAUGGAAUGUUUCAUAAAGAUCUAAAGAAAUAAAGAAAUUUUAAAACAGG